AUGCGGCGCAGGUCUCGGCUGCUGCUCUGCUUCGCCUUCCUCUGGGUGCUGGGCAUCGCCUACUACAUGUACUCGGGCGGCAGCGCCGCGCUGGCCGGCGGCGGCGGCGGCGCCGCCGGCGGCGGGAGGAAGGAGGACCCAAAUGAUAUCGACCCCAAAAGGAAAGACGUGCGUGGCAAUGAUGGGGAGGACAAAGCACAAAGUGUGGAGACGCUACCUCCAGGAAAAGUUCGGUGGCAAGACUUUGAUCAAGAUGCUUAUGUUGGCGCUACCGUGGUGCGAUCUGGUCAGGACCCAUAUGCCCGCAAUAAGUUCAAUCAGGUAGAAAGUGACAAACUGCGAAUGGACCGAAGCAUUCCUGACACUAGGCAUGAUCAGUGUCAACGGAAGCAAUGGCGAAUAGAUUUGCCAGCCACUAGUGUGGUGAUCACGUUUCAUAAUGAGGCAAGAUCUGCUUUACUUCGAACUGUUGUCAGUGUCCUUAAAAAAAGCCCAUCGCAUCUUAUUAAGGAAAUCAUACUGGUGGAUGACUACAGUAAUGAUUCUGAGGAUGGUGCUCUCUUGGGAAAAAUUGAAAAAGUGCGGGUUCUUCGAAAUGAUCGCAGAGAAGGCUUGAUGCGCUCCCGUGUCAGAGGGGCAGAUGCAGCACAAGCAAAAGUGCUGACCUUCCUGGAUAGUCACUGUGAAUGCAAUGAACACUGGCUGGAACCGCUUUUGGAAAGAGUAGCUGAGGACAAGACCAGAGUUGUGUCUCCUAUUAUUGAUGUAAUUAAUAUGGACAACUUCCAGUACGUGGGGGCGUCAGCUGAUUUAAAAGGCGGCUUUGAUUGGAACCUGGUGUUCAAGUGGGAUUACAUGACACCAGAGCAAAGAAGAGCACGGCAAGGAAAUCCAGUUGCUCCCAUAAAGACACCCAUGAUAGCUGGUGGAUUAUUUGUGAUGGAUAAAUCCUAUUUUGAAGAACUAGGGAAGUAUGACAUGAUGAUGGAUGUUUGGGGUGGAGAAAACUUAGAGAUCUCAUUCAGAGUUUGGCAAUGUGGUGGGAGCCUAGAAAUCAUCCCUUGCAGCAGAGUGGGUCACGUAUUCCGCAAACAGCAUCCUUACACGUUUCCUGGUGGAAGUGGUACCGUGUUUGCAAGAAAUACACGCAGGGCAGCAGAAGUCUGGAUGGAUGAGUAUAAAAAUUUCUAUUACGCAGCAGUGCCUUCAGCCAGGAAUGUACCUUAUGGCAAUAUUCAAAGCCGAAUGGAACUCAGAAAGAGACUUAGCUGCAAACCCUUCAAGUGGUAUCUUGAAAAUGUUUAUCCUGAGUUACGGGUACCUGAUCAUCAGGAUAUAGCUUUUGGGGCUUUGCAGCAGGGUACCAAUUGCCUUGACACUUUGGGCCAUUUUGCAGAUGGUGUUGUUGGAGUUUAUGAAUGUCAUAAUGCCGGGGGAAACCAGGAAUGGGCCUUAACAAAGGACAAGUCGGUGAAACAUAUGGAUUUGUGCCUUACUGUUGUGGACAGAGCACCUGGUUCACUAAUAAAACUUCAGGGCUGUAGGGAAAACGACAGCAGACAGAAAUGGGAACAAAUUGAAAGCAAUUCUAAACUGAGGCACGUUGGCAGCAACCUCUGUCUAGACAGCCGAAAUGCCAAAAAUGGUGGUCUCACCGUUGAGAUCUGCAGUCCUUCUUUGUCACAACAGUGGAAAUUCACACUUAAUCUGCAGCAGUAGAAGGACUUACAAGCAAAAUGCUGUUUUGAUUCAUAGACGUUGGGCAAAGUUUUGAUUGAAUUACUGAUGUAUUUCUUAAAACUUUCCACGGAACUUAUAUACCUCAGUAUUCCACCUUUAUCUGAAAGUAGGAGAGUGCUGAAGCAGACACCAGGGAUCCAGGGGACUUGGAGCACUGCAAAGAUGUCACUGAACAUGACUGCAGCACAAUUCCUUCUUGGUGUGAAGACUUCAACGGUUCCUUUCUGUCUUCAGUUACAUACUUGCACAGCAGAUAGUUAACUCUAGGAACAACUGAUGUAUGAUAAAAAAGGAUCUGAAGAAACACCUGUGGGGAA